AUGUCGGGCGCUCGUCAUUGGGAACAAGACAAGGAGGCAACAGUCUACAUUGGAAACCUUGAUGAGAGAGUGUCGGAUGCCCUGGUUUGGGAGCUUAUGCUGCAGGCCGGACGGAUCGUUAACGUUCAUUUGCCCAAAGAUCGUGUCACCCAGACACACCAAGGCUUUGGUUUCGUAGAAUUUAUCUCGGAGGAGGAUGCCGAAUACGCUGCUAGAAUCAUGAACCAAGUGCGACUCUAUGGGAAACCAAUUCGUGUGAAUAAAGCGUCGGCAGAUAAACAAAAGACGGUGGAAGUUGGCGCUGAGCUAUUUGUUGGUAAUUUGGAUCCGAUGGUAGAUGAAAAGACGCUGUACGAUACAUUCAGCACCUUUGGAAACCUUGUUGCUGCGCCAAAGAUUGCCCGUGAUGACCAAGGGGUAUCUAAAGGUUUCGGCUUUAUCUCUUACGACUCUUUCGAAGCUUCCGACAAAGCUAUCGAAUCUAUGCAUAACCAGUUUCUCAUGAACAAAGAAAUCAAUGUCCAAUAUGCCUAUAAGAAGGAUGGUAAGGGAGAGCGUCACGGAGAUCAGGCGGAGCGAAUGCUCGCAGCACAGGCCAAAAAGCACAACGUACAAGUGACCCCCCAGCAGCUUCCUGCUCAAUUAUUCGCACCUACUGGUCCCGCUGCCGGUGUUCCCCCAAUUCCGGUCGGAUCUGGAGGCCCUCCUCCGCCGUCGGGCCCUGCCACAUCGGUGGGUUCCAGCGUGGGCCCCCACAGCAGCAAAUGGGCCGUGGUGCUGGCGGUCCGCCCCCUCAACAUCAGCAACAGAUGCAGCCACAUCAGCCACAACUUGCACCCCCCCCUCAGGGACUUCCAGCAAGGCCUCCGCCUCCAGUUGGAUUUCAACAGCAUCAACAGCAUCAAUAUGGAAGACCCCCGCCCCCACCUGUGGGAUUCGUCCAGCAGAUGCAUCCUGGCGGGUUUGCAGGACAGCCUCCUCCAUUACCAGCAGGAUUUGGAGGGCCACCCCAACUGCAAGGAUUUCCAGGACAAGUACCUCCAGGUGCCCCCCAGGGGCACCUGGAUUCCCACCACCAGGUCCGCCGCCUAG